AGAAGACAGAAGAAAGGGCGGCCUUCAGCGAGCUAACUUGUUUUAGCCGGAACGGAAAAUCACUUUCCCUCCAUUUAGAUCCCCGACGGGAAUAAAGACACAUUCAUGUGCUGACUGGGGUGAGAAGACAUUGAAAAAGGCAAACAUGUCCGGACCGUGUCAGGACAGAAGGACUCGCUGGCACGAGAUUCAGAAAGGCCUACAGUUCAUCCAAUCAACCCUUCCAUUCCCUGGAAGUCAAGAUCAAUACGAGGUGUUCAUGAAGGACCUCGUGUGGAAUCUGUUUGGAGAGGGAAAUGACGUGUUUAAAGAAGGAGAUUGGACAAAAGCCAUUGAGAUGUACACCGAAGCCCUGAGCAUAGCAGAGUACGCUGACUCCGAAGAAAUCUGUGUUCCAACAGGUUUGCUGGAAAAGCUGUAUGCAAAUCGAGCCGCGGCAUACUUAAAUAUUGUCCCGGGACUGUAUGACCAAGCACUUGAAGACUGUGAAAAAGCCCUCCAUUUGAAUGAGGGGAACUACAAAGCACUGUAUAGAAAAGCAAAAGCCUUGAAAGAGUUGGGGAGACAUCAAGAGGCCUACGAGGCUGUCGCCAAAUGCUCUCUCGCAGUGCCUCAGGAUCCCAGUGUCACACAGCUGACUCAGGACAUUGCCAAAAUUUUAGGGUUGAAAAUCCGUAAAGCUUAUGUGAGAAGUAAGCCUGCCUUGAAUGUUUUACGAGCAUCAAGUUAUCCCGAUGCGCCGUGCGAUAAAUUUUCUCUCGGUCCGGCCUCGGUAAAAGAAAUAGACGUUGAUGUGCCUCCGCUGACCCUGGACAGCGUUUUGGCUCCGGGCCCGUCUCCGGUGCAGGCCCCGGCGGCCGCGUCCUCGCCGCUGAGCGACGUGGCGGUGGACGAGCUCUCCCCCAACAGCAUCUCGUCGGUGACCCUGUCCGAGCCCCCGGGCUUCGAGUCCGUCCCGCUGCCGGCGCCCGUGCCCAUCGCCGCCCCCCUCCCCGCGCUCGCCUUCGCAAACGGGUGCCGCACCAGCAAGCCUUGCAGCAUCCUGGACACCACUCCGGACUUCGACGCGGACAUCAUCGGGGACGAUCUGGACGACCUGCUCGACCAGGCCGGCCCCGAAUCCAACAUGGUUAUUCCCACCGUCAAGGGGCCGCUCCCGCUGCCGACGAGCAUCGCCCCGGGCAGUUCCAUGUCGAGUCCAUUCCUGAUGCCCUCCCACAUCAGCCCGUUCCUCCACGGCAGCGUUCAGCCGUGCACGGUCAAUCUGCCGCCGCUGUAUCACCAGCUGGGCUCCAGCACGCUUUUUGGUAUGGACGCCUUUGACACGCUUCCACCGCUGGACUCCCUCGACAGUCUCAACCUGUCAGACUAUAAAACAGAUUUUCCAGCUAGUCCGUUCAUUCCACAGCUCAAUAAUAAUAAUGAAGCCCCGAUGGGAAUGGCUGUGGGUAUGCCCGACGUGAAGGGCCUCCCUGCUGCUGUGGAUUUAGCGAAAAACCCCUUGGCUGAAACACACGAGUUCAAACAAGCCUGCUCCAUGUGCUACGUCCGAACCGGGCCUGGAGUGUUGGAUUACGCACUUCACACUGAAGAGCAUAAAUGCAAAAAGGAUGUAUUACUUGGCAGAAUCAAGCAGUCGCCGGACAAAACGUGGAAGCUCAUUCGGCCCAGACCAACAAAAACCCAAUAUGUUGGACCUUAUUACAUUUGCAAAGAGGUGGCUGUUGGGAAAGAGUGCCUGUACCCUGGCCACUGCACAUUUGCAUACUGCCAGGAAGAGAUUGAUGUUUGGACGAUGGAGCGGAAAGGGUUUAUCUCCAGAGAGCUGCUCUUUGACCCUUUUGGGCCAAACUCUAAUGUCAGGUUGACUGUUCCCAAGAUCCUACAGGAGCAUCAAGGGAUAUUCAUGUUUCUAUGUGGGGUGUGCUUUGACCAUAAACCCAGAAUAAUCAGCAAAACCAACAAAGAUGACGCUUCACUUUGUUCCCAUCCUGUGACAAAGCAUGACUUUGAAGUUCAUAAGUGCCUGGUACACAUUUUGAAGGAGAAGACUGUGCGCUAUUCCAAAAUCCGACCGUUGAGUCCGCACAGUCAGCUGGACCUCUGUCGCCAUGAAGUCCGCUACGGCUGCGUAAGAGAGGACGACUGCUUCUACGCCCACAGCCUCAUCGAGCUCAAGGUCUGGAUGAUGCAGCAUGAACUCGGUAUCACUCAUGAAAGUAUUGUUCAGGAGGCGAAGAGGUUUUGGAACACAGAUUCAUUUCAGGGACCUCAGCUCUCCACUGCACAGAGACGGUUCGGCCCCCCGAACCUGAAGAUGAUGUUUGUUUGUGGCCAAUGCUGGAGAAACGGCCAGCUCAGUGAAGCUGACAAAAACAAGAAGUAUUGUUCCGCCAAGGCGAGACACACGUGGGCCAAAGACAGGCGGGUGGUGCUUGUAAGCUCCCAUGAGAGGAAAAAAUGGACAACAGUAAGGCCUCUUCCAACCAAAAAGCCCAUCCCAUCUCAGUUUGAGAUUUGCAUGCAUGUGACAGCUGGCAAGAAGUGCCAGUACGUCGGGGUUUGCACAUUUGCUCACAGCGCAGAAGAAAGAGACCUUUGGACCUACAUGAAGGAAAACAACAUUCCAGAUAUGGAUCAGCUUUACGAGCAGUGGCUGCUGUCCCAGAAGCCCGGCUGGGGCGAGGAGACCUCCAGUAACUCCGUCAGGGAGAACGGGAGGCAGAUCCACAUGCCCACCGACUACGCUGAAGAAGUGGCUGGCAAUCAUUGUUGGCUGUGUGGUAAAAACUGCAACAGCGAGAAGCAGUGGCAGCAGCAUAUAACCUCAGAGAAACACAAAGACCGGGUUUUUAACUCCGAGGACGAUCAGAACUGCUGGCAAUACCGGUUUCCCACGGGCACUUUCAAAGUUUGCGAGAGGUUCCUAAAAGGCACGUGCACAGAGGACGACCUGUGCAAGCUGGCUCACGGAGCGCAGGAGCUGAAAGAGUGGAUGGAGCGCAGGGAAUUCCUUUUGUUGAAACUCGCCAAAGCCAGAAAAGAUCAUCUUAUAGCACCAAAUGACAAUGACUUUGGAAAAUACAGUUUUCUGCUUAAAGACAUUAAAUAAUGACGUGAUGACAGUACUCGUGCUUACUUGCAAGUGAUCCAGUAUUCAAACGGUCGUGAGUCAGGUUGUCCUUGGGGGAGGGGGGGGGCCGCUGAAGUGCACAGGCCUGAUCGCGGCGUGAUUUUUUUUUACAGGAGGGGCGUUCAGGACCGGCCCUCCAAAACUGGUGGCUGGGUGUCUCUGAGCAGAGCUGCUGGAGUGUUAUCAAUAUUAGCGAAUCCUGAGUGGGAGACACCUGCAGCUUUGCUAUGCACCGAUUCAGUAGAUGAAACCUGAAAGUGGUGGCGAUAAAAAGCAUGUGUAAACCAUGAUCACAAACAAGUUCAAAUACUUAAAACAGUUGACUUUGGAAAAAAAUAAAUAAAUCUAAGUAAUUUCUUUUUCAUGGGCAGAUUGUGUAUGAUGACCAUUGCUGUUUUCAGUGUGAAUUAAACGUUCAGUUGACAUUCUCUUUAUUUUAAUCAGUCAAAAUAGGUCAUUUUCACUUUUCCAUUUAUCUAAUAGUGUUACCAGUGUAAUGGCACAACACCAAAAUAAAGCAUUGUUUUCUAAUCUGCAAA